AUGGGAGUGAAAAUCGAUGGUUGGCAGUUACACAACCUUCGAUUUGCUGAUGACAUCGUCCUUAUAAUACCAAACAUUAGCGAGGCGGAAUGUAUGCUUUCCGACUUUGAUAAGGCCUGUGCAAAGAUUGGUCUCCAACUAAACCUCACGAAAACGAUGUUCAUGAAGAACGGAUUGGUUUCGUAUGCUCCAUUCACGCUCAACAGAAUGAAUAUCCUUUCCACUUCCGCUUUACAGCAGAAGUGGAAAGAACUGUUCAAUCAAUGCCGAUAUAGAGAACAUUCUUCGUUCGAGAACAUCUCGGAGACUGUUCCUUCUGCUCUCUUCUUGUGCAGAGGUGAGUCGGAGAGGUAA